UUGACCUUGCCCUAUCAAGACAGCUCGAUAAUCUCGAUUAAAAAUGUUAUCCUCAUUCUCAUUUCAAUAAAGAAAAAUGAUGCGUUUAAAGUAAACUUUUCAAACGAGAAGGACUAAGCAUAAAAAGUUAACGAACUGUUAAUUAGUUGAACUUGCAAGCGUACAAUUUACAAAGCUAAAUUUAGUCUCAUUUUCCGUUCUCAAUGAGUUCAACUGACUUGUUUUUUAACAUGCAGUACAAUUUACAUUCGUAAGUUGGACACACCAGGAAUAGUUUUGAGAAACAUGACCGAAACAACCGAAGAAACCAAAGGAUUGUUUAAAAGGAAACCAUGGUUGCGGUGGUUGCUCGUUGGGGCGAUUACUUUAAUUCUGAUAGUUGUGAUAACCGUAACUAUUGUGAUCACCAGUAAAAAAUCAGGAUAUUGCGAUAGCGAUUUCUGCAAAAAAGAGAGCAAACGACUGAAACUCCAAAUGGAUGCCAGCGCAAACCCAUGCAAUGAUUUUUACCAAUUUGCAUGCGGAAAUGUUCACAAGACUAACAACCCUUCGGCGGAAUCAAUCGAGACGAUCUUACAAAACGCCCAGCAAGAAAUCGUGCAGAUGUACAAUGACCCCAUUAUGGAGGAUGACCAUUACUCCGUUAAAUUUGUUAAAAAGCUUUACAGAGAGUGUAUGAACGUAGCGGAAAUCGAAAAUGAUAAUUUGGAAACGUUCAAGCAAACUUUGAGUACGGUCGGUGGAGGGUGGCCUCUUUUACUUGGUAACGAUUGGAAUCAAACCGAAUAUGAUUGGUUAAAUUCGACGUACAUGUUAAGAAAGUUAGGUUACGAGUUUUCCAUUUUUUUGGAUUUGGAUGUGCGUUCGGAUCCCAGAAAUGCAACCAAGAGUAUAUUUCAGGUUAGGAUACCUUUUGAUUUAGACGAGGCGACAGAUAGCGUUUCGCACAAGAAGUCAAACAUUAAAAAAAUCGCCUUGGCGUUUGGUAUCAACACGACUAGUGCUACAAGAGAGCUUAAGAGACUAUUCGAGUUUGCAGAAGACAUCACGGAUCAAAUGUUAGACCACCGAGGUUUGUCGAUCUACCCAAUCGUUACCAUAAACGAACUCCAAGAAAUGCUACCAUUUAUAGAAUGGCACACGUUCAUUAACACAAUAGCCGGCCCGUUGGCCCAAAUAUCUAAAGAAAAUGAGAUCAUGGUGGUGGAAGAAUCCAGCUUGCGUAAGCGCUUCGAUUUGCUCCGAAGAACACCAAAACGCACGCUAGCCAAUUACAUGAUGUGGAAGGUUAUACAGGAGGCCCUCCCUUACUUGUCUCCUGUGAUGCAAGAUUUGCUUUCUGAGGACGACGUUAAAGAAUCAAGAAACCAAUUUUGCCAACAGGAAAUUGAAAAAAGAUUCAUCACUAACCCUAUCGAUGUAAUGUACGCUAGGAAGUACGCACCUAAAAGUAAAAAGGUCGCAAUUGAAACGCUAAUUACAAAGAUUCGUGAGGCGUUUGUAACUUUACUAUCAAACGUAACAUGGUUGUCAACGGAUGACAGACAGAACGUGGAAGAAAAGGCGAAACACCUGGAAGUGGCCGUAGCCGAAGUGGGCGAUUACUUUGACGAUUCAAUACUGGAGAGCGUCUCCGGAGAUUUGACGCUUCCAAAAUCGGAAAAUUUCCUCAAUUUAUUGGCGGCGCUUAACAAAAACUUCGUGAGCCAAAACUACGCAAAAGUCACAAAAUCAAACACACCACGUCGUUCCUUUGUUUUACCGUACGACAUCUACUACUACGCCGAACUCAACACCUUACGUGUGCCAACGGUACAAAUGAAGAUUCAGAAUUUUGACAUGGAACAACCGAAGUACUUCCAAUACGCGAAUUUGGGAAAAGAUCUCGGAAAGCAGCUCAGCAGCCUUUUGAAGCUCUCGGCGAGCUUUUUCGAUAGACUUGGCAACAAGAUCGUGGGGUGGGCGACGCCAACUUCCGAAAACUAUGGGAAAUUAUCGGAAUGUCUCGUACACGGCAUGCAAGAUUUCAAAAAAAUUACUUUCGAUUUUAUGCUGCUCGAAAUGCAAGGAAGUAUUUCCGGGGUAAAAUUAGCAUACCACUCUUUUAUUCAGGAUCAAGAAGAUGUCAGUCUUGAAGGGUUGGAGUAUAACUCCAGGCAGUUAUUCUGGAUAUCGUCGGUCGGGUGUUUUGCCAACAGUACGGAAGAAUACGAUUUGAGUUACCUGCCGGAUACGAGGGAUUUACCUAAAAAUCUUGUGUAUGCUACCGUGCGAAACAGUCGGGAAUUUGCGGAAGAUUUUAACUGCGAAAAGGACGCUCUUAUGAACCCUGUUACUAAAUGCCAAUUGAUAUAACGGGAAGUUUAUUCGCUGUCGUACGACAGUGGGAUUUGACAAAGCAAAAGUGUGAUACUUAAUGAUACGUAAAGUUCAAUUUUUACAUUCCCUCCAGAUAAUAGGCAUAGAUGUAACCCAGACAGUGUCUUUAUUCAUAACUGAUAGAUUGUUAUAGGCACCGUGUGUCUGUUGGGAAAUAGACUUAAUUAUAAAACGUGUGAAUGGAUCUACCUGUUGAAACUUAAUCAAAAUUAGUUACACAUUCAGAGUCGAAAAUUAUCAGUAAUUUCUUCAAAUCCACUUUAAAAUAGUAAUCAUUAAUUUAUUAAUUAAUUUCAUUUUUAGUUCAAGGCAAAACUUUUUAUGAUCGGUAUCAGGAAGUCAUUUUUAUUAGAUAAGACACGAGCAAGAUAAAAUGUGAAAAUUUCAUUACCUUUUGUUAUCAUU